AUGCACUUGUUCGGGGGAUGGUCCCUUACCAGAGGUGCUCUUGUUGCAUUAUUGCUUUCCAGUGUAGCACACACAAUCGACUUGGAUAUUAACAGUGAACAGUCGAUCAAAGAUGCUGCGAGUACCUCGACUUACGCUAUGAUGAAAUACUAUUACGGCAACGAGACCGGCCAAAUCCCUGGAGCCUUUCCAGACAAAUGGUGGGAAGGAGCUACACUAUUGCUUGCACUCCUAGAAUACUGGCACUUCACUGGCGACACGACAUACAAUGAGGAACUAAGUGUUGCAUUGCAAUGGCAGUCAGGCACGGACGGGGACUAUAUGCCAAGCAACUACAGUUCUUAUCUGGUUAGUAACGGAAACGACGAUCAAAUGUUCUGGGGUCUAGCAGCUAUGACGGCCGCUGAGUUCGCAUUUCCGGACCGCUCGAGUGGAUUCUCUUGGCUCUCUUUGGCCCAGGGUGUCUUCAAUACUCAGAUCAAAAGAUGGGAUACAUCCUCGUGUGGCGGUGGGCUACGGUGGCAGAUCUGGCCCUACCAGUCUGGCUAUACAAUGAAAAAUUCCAUUUCUAAUGGGGGUUUAUUUCAGUUGUCUGCGCGUUUAGCCCGUUACACCGGAGAUGCAAUCUAUCUCCAGUGGGCUAACAAAAUCUGGGAUUGGUCUGUCUCGUCACCUCUUCUUAGCAACACAACGUGGAAUGUUGCUGAUUCCACCGAUGUUGCUAAUGAUUGUGCGACUCAGGGAAAUUCGCAAUGGACGUACAACUACGGCACUUACCUGAUGGGGGCAGCGUAUAUGUACAACUAUACAAAUGGAACUACUCAGUCUCAAUGGCUGACGGCAGUAAAUGGCCUUUUGAACGCGACAUUUGACAACUUUUUCCUCACCGGUGGGAUCAUUGAGGACUAUUACUGCGAGUCCACGGAAACUUGCAAUAACAACGAGAUCCUCUUCAAAGGACUGACUUCCUCCUGGUUAGCAUUGACUGCUCUACUUGUUCCAUCAACGUUUGACAGCAUUGUCGCAAAACUGCAAACAUCGGGACAGGCAGCUGCCGCAUCCUGUACUGGCAACAACAAUGGAACCUGUGGUGUCCAGUGGUAUAAGUCCACAUGGGAUGGCUGGAUGGGAAUGGAGGAACAGAUCAGCGUUACAAAUAUCUUCACAGCAAAUUUGAUCAAUUUCAAUAAGCCUGCUCCGGUGACAUCAACCACUGGUGGAAACAGUACCAGCAAUCCAACAGCAGGCGAAACUGAUAGUGACGCUUCCAAUCCAAAGAUGAAUGCAGUGACAACUGGCGAUAAGGCAGGCGCUGGCAUUGUGACCGCAGUUUUUCUGGCUGGCUGGAUUGGACUCAUGAGUUUCAUGAUGUUUGGUGGUUAA